AUGUCGUCGCGGAAAGACGAGCUUCUCGCCAAGAAAGCGCGUCUGGCCGAGCUGAAGCGGCAGAGGGAGCUUCGACAAGAGCAAUAUGUCUCUAGUAGGCGCAGUAUUGGAGAGGCUCCGUCGCCCGGCAAAACAGCAGAGGAGCGACGAUCUGAAAUUGACAGCCUCGUUUCGAGCCUGAUCGAUUCCCGCAGAGACUCGACCGCCACCCCGAGCAGAAGGGAAAGCCGUCCAAGUUCUGUCCAUGGCACCGGUCAGGUCACCCCUCAAAAUGAAGUUGAACCAUCACCUAGAAGAUUUAUGCAAUCGACAUCGACACAGACCGAACCCACCGACGCCUCCUUUCCUAUCUAUGACGAUGCGGCUGCACACGAGCGGGCCCCGCCCAAGAAGGAGUAUAUCACAUAUUCCAAAAGCGUGCAGACUGAGCCUUACACGGAGGACUCUGCCUAUGUACAAGAGGAUUCUGAUGGCAACGACCUGUCUCUCAGCUCGCACAAGCGCUCGAGUCGGCGCGAUCAAGAACGGGACGAAGAGAUUCGGCAAAACCUGAGGAGGGAAAUAGAAGAGGAGGUGAGGGCAACCGUGAAUCGAGACUCUGUCGAUGUCGUCUCGUCAGCGUCCCAACAGCGGUUCCCGUUACGGACCCUGACGACCAACGAGCUUAACGCGGUCGUCGCCUCCUCCGAUUUUGUGGCCUUUGUGGAGCGGUCUUCGAAAGUGAUCGAGCGUGCACUGGACUUGGAUGAUGAGUACGACCUGCUCACGGAUUACACUCGAACUUCCACGUUAGACGACGACGAGGACGGCAAUGACGCCCCGUAUUCACGAAUCGGGAAGAAGUCACAUUCCUUACGCGAAUCUCUGCAGUUGUUUUCCGAUCGAUAUACCCGCCGACGCAUAGUUUCGGACAUCCAAUUUUCCCCACACUUCAACGAACUGCUUCUCUCUUCUUAUACCAAAAAUCCAUCCGCUCCCCAUGAGCCAGCCGGUCUGGUACUUCUGUGGAACACGCAUGCACCUUCGAGACCCGAAUACACUUUCACGGCCUCCUCCGACGUCCUCUCGGCUCGAUUUUCACCAUUUCACCCGAACCUGGUCAUCGGUGGCUGCUAUUCAGGCCAAGUCUGCCUUUGGGACACCAGGACCUCCGGUCGGACGGGUCAGCCCGUCCAGAAGACUCCCCAGUCAGGGUCACACCUUGGUCACACUCAUCCCAUCUACAGUAUCAGCGUCGUCGGCACACCCAACGCCCACAACAUCUUGACGGCUUCGAUGGACGGUGUGGUUUGCUCCUGGUCUGUGGACAUGCUCACUCAAGCACAGGAAUACCUGGUCCUCCACACGCCUGCCCCUGCCAAAACAGACGAUCUAGCGCCCACCAGCAUGAGCUUUCCAGCGGCCGACCCGACCUUCUUUGUCGCCGGAACCGAAGAGGGUAGCAUCUACGCCUGCCAUCGGUACGACCGUGCCGGUGCACAAGCAGGGGUGGACAACCGUGUUGCUUACCGAGGUCACACUGCUCCGGUGAUGAGCACACAGUUUCAUCCAGCCCGCGGGCCCGUGGAUCUGGGCGACCUGCUUCUCAGCUCCAGCUCCGACUGGUCUGUGAAGCUGUGGCGGGUCAAGCCAGCUGCCGGUUCCAGUUCGGUGGCGGCCAUUGCAGCUUCGGCGACCUCUCCAAGCCCCGCUGUCCAAAGCCCAAUUCUCAACCUCGCUCGCGAAGACCUGGUGUAUGACGCGAAAUGGGCGCCGCACAAGCCUUCGGUUUUCGGCUGCGUCACCGGUUCGGGUGACGUGGAGGUGUUCGACCUCACCUAUGAUCUGGAAGUGCCAAUCGCCAAAGCUAGUCCAACCAUUGGCAAAAAUGGAAUUGUGCCCUUCAGGGGAUUGAACAAGCUGGCUUGGGAAGAGAGACGGGGCAGCCAGGUUGCGGUCGGCGGACUCAACGGCGUCGUUACAGUCUUCGACGUCGGUCGUGGUUUGCAGUGUGGGAAUGGUGAGUGGAGUUCAGACGAGUGGGUGGGAAUGAAGAGGUUGGUGACCAAACUUGAAGGCGGCCAGUCGUAG